GAUGAAUCCAUUCUGUGAUAAUCAAGUAUGGCGAAAUAUGUCAAAAAGAAUAUGGAAUAAUGAAAAAAAUAAGGAGGAAUGGGAUGAUAAAUUUCGGAAGGAUGUUCAAUCGUUAAUAAGUUUCAUAGAGAAAACGAAUAAAAGAGAUUCCGGUUCAUUUUGGACAAAAUUAACGCUCCGUUUAACUAGAUUGAAGAUGGAUAUCAUUUAUAAUAUAAUGAAAUCAGAGAAAAGAUUGAACGCUUGCGGUGGUACUGGAUUUCUAACGAUUGUAAAUCAUUUAAAUUUUACUGCAAAUUCAUUUUUUAGGAGUGGUAAAUGCUUCAAAGUAAUUCUCCGACACGCAAAUUUUAAGGAACAGGACGAUGCUAGCCUGGACACUCGUGUUGCUUGUCUUCGUCUAGACGAUGAAGAAGGACAACGUCUAGAUCUAAUCUUAACAACAGGAAGAGCACCUCUAUUCUGGAAUGCAUUAGAUCUGGAAAAACUAUUAAAAUCAGUUGAAAAUGAUGAACAUUCAAUGAAAAGGUGGCUCUUUGAAAGACCUUUAAAUUUAUUUAAUACAUUGGAAAGCGUAAGAGGUGAUAUGAACUCAUAUUUUGAUCAACAAUACUUCAGCAAUUGCUUAUAUGAAGUUGAAAGCGAUUUUGGGGAAUAUACACCUUGCGCUUUAAGGUUGAUACCUGCUGACGGAACGCAACAAUCCGGUCUUCCAUCGGAACUGGAUCAAAUGAAUAUUACGAGACCUGGAGAUAAUAGAAAAAAAGACUAUCUAUGCCAAGAAUACAAUAGUAGCUUAGAUGUUUCCCCUCUUCAAUAUAGGUUACAAAUGCUGUUACUAAAUAAAGUAGAGGAAUAUAUUGAAAUAGUUGGACUUAAGAAGGUCGAAAAGACUCGAACUUGGCAAGAUUUAGCUAUAAUUACAAUAUGCUUUCCAAUUUGUAAUAAUAGCCUUUACGAUUUGAAAUUUAACUUGGAAAAUCAUCCAGAAUCGUUUAGGAGACUAGAGGUUAACGACGAAGAUGAUUUCAAUUCACAUUCAUUCAUUUUUCCCGAAUUCUUGGGAACAAUAUCUAAGCCUAUUAAAAAAAUUGGUAUGAAUGAGACAAAAAAGCAAAUUUUAUCUAAAUAUUCAAUAUCAUUUGAAACUGGUGAUUUUCCGGAAGCUGCAACAAAUUCCGAUGUUUAUAUAUCUUUAACUGGUAAAAGAAAGAAAAGUAACAGAUUUUUACUAGAAAAUUCAAUAUUUGAGAAUUUUGAAUCGGGAAAAGCUCGUAAAUUUUCAAUUGAACUCGAAGAAAUUGACGAUCUUCUUGCAAUUGAUAUUGAAUUAUGUAAAAAUGUCGGAAGUAGAAAUUGGUUUUUGAAUAGAGUGAUAGUCACAGAUGAAAACGGUGAAAAUUCAAUAUUUCCCUGCUUUAGAUGGCUUAUUCCAGGAGAUAAUGGUAUAACCCUAAGAAACGAGAGAGAAUGUUUACCUCAAUACGAAACAAGCGUAUUCUGUUAUCUAAAGAGAAAAGAAGAGUUGGAAAAGACAAGAUUACAAUUUACAUGGCGAAAACAAAAUUCAUUGCCAUCAAGCUUAAAUAUUUCAAGAUACGAAAAUCUACCAAGAAAUUCAAGAUUUCUUAACGAUGAAUUAUCACUUAAUAAAGAAUUUAAAGAAUUUCUCUCCAAAACUGAUACUUUCGGUCUUAAUUCAAUAAUUAAUAUAUUCGACAGUUGGAAUCCACUUACAGAUUCACUUAAGCUAGCUUCAAGGAUUGUUAAAAACAAGGACUUAUUGAAAGAUUUAUGCGAAAAAUCUGAUUCGGAUGAAGAAUUUAUUCGUCAACUUACAUCAGGCCCUUUUUCGACUAGAAUUCGUGGAAUAGAUAAACUGCCAAGUUAUAUAGAAGGUGGAAAGAAAAUGUACGAACUUAUUGAAAGAAAAUUGGACAUUUCUGAAGCUUUAAAAAGAGGCUACAUAUUCCUAAUAAAUUAUCCAGAAAUCGACGGACUAAUUCGAUUAGGUAACACAGAAGUAGAGCCAACCUGUCUUAUUCACCUAACAGAAAAUGGUAAACUUAUGCCAUUGGCUAUACAAAUAAACAAAAAUUCAAAGACAAUCUACACUCCCCUAGAUAAACCUGUUGCAUGGAAAUUCGCAAAGUUAUUGUUAAAGAGUAUUGAUAUUACAUUUUAUCAUUUAAUAACUAUGGAACUGUAUACAAGGAAUGUCCUAGAAAUAUUUGCGGUUGGUUUAUAUCGUCAAUUGCCAUGUAUUCAUCCUGUUUAUCAAAUUCUGCAACCGUUUAUUAAGCAUAUAUUUGCCUAUAACUUACAAAUUUUUGAAACUGUUCACGAAAGCGACAUUUACAAUGAAAUACUUGUUAUUAAAAGAAGAGAGAGGGAAAUUUUUCUGAGAAAGGCCUACAAUUGCUUUGACCUUUCUAAAUUGCAUGUUCCUAAAGAUCUUAGUAAGAGGGGUCUUGAUAUGAUUGAUGAACAGUUAUGGGAUAAUACAUUUGCCGAAUUAUCUUUGGAAUUUUGGAAAGUUUUACAGAAAUAUGUCAAAUCUCUAAUAAGCUCGUAUUACAGAUCUUCGGAAGAUAUUCAAGGGGAUGAGGAAUUACAAUCGUGGAUUGAUGACGUCUUACGAAAUGGAUUUUCAAAAGUUUCUAGCCAUCAAAUGCAUAAUAUACCUUCUAGCUUAAAGACAAAAGAGGAACUAAUCGACCUAGUAACGCUUAUCAUUUAUACGUCAACUUUCCGUUUAGCAUCUUUAACAAACUCGAUUACGGAACUAAACGGUUGCGUUGAUAUGAAUCCAGUCAAAUUAAAAGUUGAAGAAUCUUUCCUCAAAGAUCUUCACGAACGUUCAGGACUGAAAAAGUUCCUACCUAACAGGGAAAAUACCGCUAAACACUUGGCCAUGUGUAAAUUAUUAUCAACAUCUUUCACAAUGAUUAAUAAUAGGGAAGCGUUUAGCUCAGAAUUGAAAUAUCAAGAAAAAUUAAAACAACAAGCAUUUUCAACGCUUCAAAUGAAUAUUCUAAAUGUUCUUAAAAGAUUCGAUGAAGAUAAAAUAAAAGAAUUCGCCGAUCCACUAAUCAUAUGCGAAAUCUUCUCUAUUCACACUUCAAAGAAAACUUUAUAA